AUGAAGCUCUUUCUCCUUACCCUCCCCAUCCUCGCGCAAUGCGGCGAAGUCGUCUGGGACGGCCGCAUCGACGCAUCCACCACCCUCGACCACUUCGACCAGUGGUCCUGGUCCAACCAAAUCGAACCGUAUCAAUGGUACAUCCACGGCGACGGCAAAACGAGUCGGUAUCUGGGACUAUCGACAGACUUCAAGAAUCCCGCCUCGGAUGAUGGGAAGGGAAUGAAAAUUAGCAUCGAUCAAUCCUCGUCGUGGAAUGGCCAACCGAUGCUUCGAUCCGAACUGAUUCCGCAGACGACAGAGGAUCUCGGUAGUGGACGGUUGAUCUACCACUUUUCGCUGCAGGCAAGGAAGAAGAACGCUCCGCAGGGGGACGUCGAGCAUCAGAUCGCAUUUUUCGAGAGCCACUUUACCGAACUCAAGUACACCGGCAACACCCUGCAGUGGAUGGCAGACGGCAAGUCGCACUGGUCGACGAAGCUGCAGCCCGGAACAUGGCACAACUUUGCGUACGAUAUCGACUUUGACAAGCAGACGGUGGGAUUGUGGGCGUCGAAUGGAGCGCAGCCGUUGAAGAAGGUCGUGGAUAACGUGUCGGCGUCGGCAUCGAGCAACUCGCAGGACUGGCAUGUGGGAGAGUUGAAGACAGAAAAGUCCGGGGGGAGAGAAGACUGGUACUGGUCUGGGGUCUACGUUGAAAAGGCACCGGUGACAAAGAAGAUUUCGUGA